AUGUCCGACACGAAAGCCCAAUAUCGCCUCGACGACGACGACGACAACGACGACAACGACCUCAGCGAACUCCGCGACAUCGGCCGUCGCCCGCGUCAGCCCGGCGCCAUGUCCAACGUCGCGAAAACCCAGCACUCGUCUUCCGACUCCGCCUCCAGUCCGCCAUCGAAGAUACUCGAUUCUCUAAGCCCGUUUGGAAGCACACUGGGUCGAUUAGACCAGGUGGAACGAUCGACGUUGUCGAGGCUGCUACACAAAUCCAACUUCAUGCAAUACUUCAUAGGACCGACGUUUGUGGACAGCAUGCAGCUUGACAUGACGGUCCACUUGUUCUCCAUGUUCGACCAGGGUAAAGACGCCUACAUCGCCAUGUACAGCGCCUUUGCGGCGACGAUGGGGUUGGAUACAGGGGAGUACGACCCGGACGCGAAUCUGCACCGGGGAGCGAUGGCCGUGGAGUCUUUGCGGUCAUGUCCGCUGCCAACACUGAAGCGCGAGGAGCUGCUGCCGUGGGCAGGCUUGGGGCUGGGCAUCGUGUACUUUUCCAACAUGGCCCUCGGCACGAGCGCGGCACCAGUGCGCCGAUACGUCCUCAGCCACAUCCGCCAUCUGCUAGGGACCUCUUUGAUCUCCAGCGAGCGGACACACUACAUUCUCGUAUUCAUGACGGCCGUCGACAUCAACGAAUGCCUCAUGCAGCGCGAGCUACCAGUCUGCGGCAUCGCGCCCCCGGUAGAAGGCCACGUCGACGCCUAUCUCGGCCUCUGCAUGCCGUUACUACAGCACAUGUACGAAUUGAGCAGGAUCAGCUACAGCCUCUAUCACGAGGUCGACGUCGACGAGCAGAAGCAGGCGCUGGACGACGUUGAGCAGGAGAUCGAGGCGUGGCAACCGCACAUCCCGCCAGACUUUACGAACCGCUUUACAACCGGCGAGGUCAUCCACAUGCUGGCACAAACUCGCAUCUACAAGACAGGAGCGCUCCUGUUUAUUCACAGAUUACGGUACAAGUUUGGCGAGAAGGACGACAUGGCAUCAGCCAUGGCGAAGAGCAUCAUGUCAGACCUGAAGAUGACGAUGACCGUGUCGCAAGACACGCAGCGCUGCGUCAGCUUCCCCUUUACCCUCGCCGCCAUCGAAGCGCGCGACCAAGCCGAGAAGGACACCGCGAUGGAGGCCAUGAAGACCCUCAUCGACAGCUGCAACACCAAGUACCGUAACAAUAUGGAGGCCUUCCUCAAGGCAAUGUGGGAUGGCAGGGCAGCGAGCCCCGGCGUGUCAUGGCUGGACCUCGUACCAAAUGUGCCCCCGAUCUCGGUGGGCGUAUGA